AUGAUCACGUCCUCUUUUGCGGUCUUCGCUAUUUUGGCUGUCUCUGCAGCCAAUGCCCUCGCCGUGAAUGAAAGCAAUUUGGGACGACGACACCUUGUUGACUCCAAAAAACUUCGUUCCCAAAUUAAACUCGAAGCACUUCUAGAACACGCUAAAGUUCUUCAGGGUUUCGCCUUUGCCACUCCCGAGCGUAACCGUCUAAUCGGUUCUGUUGCACACAACCAGACUGUGCAGUACAUCCAUGACACCCUCACCCACUUAGGAGACCACUACGACGUUACUCUCCAACCCUUCAGCGUCAUUGCCCAUACGGGAGGAAACUAUUCACUCACCAUUGACGGAGCUCCUACAAACGCUUCCCUCUUCGAGUACUCACCCAACGGUAGUAUCACCGAACUCUUGGUUCCCGUGGCCAAUUUAGGAUGCGAGGCCGGAGACUACAGUGAUGCCGUUGUCGGAAAGGUCGCUCUAAUAUCUCGUGGUGAUUGUAUGUUUGGCGAGAAAUCGAAAAUGGCGCGUGCAGCUGGAGCUACUGGCGCAAUUAUUCACAAUAAUGUGGAAGGGGAGAUCAGCUCGGGUACCCUUGGUCCACCGUCUAGUCCCGCUGCAACGGACUAUGUUCCUACGGUCGGGGUUAGCCUGGCUGCUGGUACCGCUUGGAGACAAGCCAUCGAGGGUGGUGCUACUAUCACUGCCAACAUUGUUGUCGAGGGCUCUGUCUUUGAGGAGCGUUCCACCAACAAUGUAGUUGCUGAAACUAAGGGUGGUAACCAUUCCGAUGUCGUGUUCUUCGGUGCCCACUCUGAUAGUGUGUCUGCUGGCCCUGGUAUCAACGAUAAUGGGAGUGGAAGCAUUGCCCUCCUCGAGAUUGCCAAACGACUCAUCAGGUUCGACGUUAACAAUGCAGUACGAUUUGCUUGGUGGUCAGCUGAAGAACAAGGUCUCCUUGGUUCCGAACACUGGGUUACGACUGCUUCACAAGAAGAACUCGAAAAGAUUCGCCUGUACCUCAACUUUGACAUGAUCGCCUCGCCCAACUAUGCUCUUAAUGCGUAUGAUGGUGACGGUUCGACUUUUGGUAUAGCUGGCCCCCCAGGAUCAGCCGAAACAGAAAAGCUCUUCCACGAAUACUUUGCUUCCGUCGGCCUCAACUCUACUGCCGCUGAAUUCAGUGGCCGUUCUGAUUAUGGCCCUUUCCUGGAUGUUGGAAUCGCGUGUGGUGGCCUUGAUACUGGAGCUGAAAAGCUCAAGACUGAAGAGGAGGUUCAGUUGUUCGGCGGUGAAGCUGGCGUUGCUUACGACGUCAACUACCACGGUGCUGGUGAUACUAUUGAUAACUUGGCUCAGGAUGCUUUCGAGUACAACGCCAAGGCUAUUGCACAUGCCGUUGCGGUAUACGGUGCCAGCUUCAAGAUUUUGCCACCAAAAGGACCUGUGCAAACAGUCGCGAGGAGGAAUAUCGAUGCAGGACGAAAGGUCUGGAAGGGUGAUUGGCUUAUUGCAUGA